AUGGCCGCUUAUUCUUCUCACGAAUACCCUUCGUACCAAUUUUUCCAGGUUCAACGCACUAAAAUGUUUGGCUAUGUGCUAAUUUCGAACAAGAAUCAAGUUCUUUACUACGGCGGUGAUAGCGGUUUUGACUCGUAUCUUCACGGUCGUCUUUGCGCCGAAGGGCUCUUCCAACCUGAUGCACCGUCCACUUCAAGUGGUGUCUACAGCGACACCUCCUCUACUGAAUCGCUACGAGAUGAGCCGUCCACCUCUAUCGAAUCCAGAGUCAACGAGAUAUCUGCCAAUCCGGAAAUCUCUCACCUAUUUCUACCACUAAUCUCAAUGUACCGGUCAUUUGCUAGUCGUUGCAGUGACAGUAUCUAUUCAACAACCUCCGAUCAAGUCACAAUACUCCUGAAACGACUUAAAUAUGACUUUCUACUGAUAUCUAUUGGAAAUAGAUUUAUGGAUUAUAUGGAAUUGGGCCUUGAUGUGCACAUCGGCCCUCUUUUAUCACUUAUUGAAUCAGAUCUCGAUACCGUUCAUAUGGCUACAGACUUCCUCAAAUCCUUCAAUGACAGACCAUGCUUAUUUGAAAACAAGAAAGUUAAAGGGUUCCUGGAUGUUCGCAAGGCGAUAUUCUUCCAGUCUGAAAUCGCCAUCACCUUGCCUCUUCUUGAAACCUUAGCGACUCAGCUACAGGAAGUUCUAGGCCCAAAUAGGAUUCUGUUAGCAAGUGAAGGCGAAGUACUUGUCUCGGUCAAUUCCACUGACGACGAGAAGCUGACGUUGAAGCACCUAACAAGCUAUGACUUAAACUUCCUGCUUCAGCAGAUUUCUGCUCUUGAAUCGAUCGAUCAUGGAAAAAUAUUUCAGGUAUGGCUUCGCUCGAAGAAAUCGGUCAUUCCAUACUUCGUCAACGUUAUGGUUUGCAACACUAUCGGCGGCCUCACACUGAUAUGCCUCAGUGAGGCCCGAUAUGGACCCCUUAUUAGAGCGGUAGCCACGUUUCUCGUUCAGUUGGAUCGGGUUGAGACUGCGGACGAUGUCAUUAAAGCAGUGCAAGACAUGGGCAAAACUGUCGAAGCCAUCUCUCGAUAUUUUCUUGCAAUGGCUGCGAGUAACACUUCGAGAAGAUUAACAAAUGCUGGGUUCAUAAGAAGUCCGGAGCUGACAUCUUCGUUCAUACGUACGAUAUGGCGCAGAACAGAGGCACUGCUACAGGUCUCAAAGGUGAACACGCAGAACCCAGGAGAAUCUCGUGGGGUAGCUAUUUCACUGACGUCGCUGCGAUCAGCAUUCUCCACAUUGUCCCUAUCUUCACUUCAAACACAAAAUUCGGCAGUGAAACGAGAGAAGCUUUCUGCAAGAUGUGAGAUGAUGAUCAGUUACGUGCAUCGUCAAGCUACUAACAUGCUUCAAGAGCUGUGCAUGGAAUCUUACGGAAAGGCAUCGGAUAAGAAGCUGGAACAGUUCAUGCAGGCAACAUUCAAUGCAUUCAACACGUCGCGAAAAACCCUUGUGUCUGACACCAGUACCGCUUGGGCAGCGGAACUGAAGGCGAAGUCAUUAGAUGACUUCAUGCGUCCACUGAGCCUAGGACUUGAUAUGAUCGCAUUUUCAAUAUCGAUUCCUUCAAAAUCGAUAUCUGUGAGCUAUACUACAGAGUGGAUAAGAAAAGAGCUUGAUAUCUCUGUGAAGCCACCAACAUCAAGUUGCUGCAUGAGCAUCACUGGAAGAUCUGGAGCACAGUACAAGCUCUAUCGAAUGAAAACUGAAGAGAAAGAGCCGCUCUCAGGAAUCAACAUGCUGAAAAAUCUUCGCGGAUCAAGGCGUUUCAACUCGUAUGCGGUCGCUCUAUUCCAUGAUGGGAUUCACAAUGAACUUGCUGAAAGACAAAUACGGCGCUUGAUUCGAUUGAUAACCCAUCAGAUGUCUUCUAUUUAUCCCCAAAUCAACUAA